AUGUUAAAAAGAACCUUUCUCUUGCCACCCGCAGAAGAUGGAACCCGAGUAAAAGCCAAGAUCCUUGAAAGAGUCAAAUACCACAAGGAGAAGGUUCAACAACAUCCCGACAUGAUCAAGUUCAAAUUCAGAGUCAACGACGAGUACGAGGAAAUCGUAGCUUACAACGAUAUCGUGGACUACAUUGAAAAAGACCAAACUUGGGAUGCCACAUGGAAGUUCCGCAAGAGAUCUUGGGAUCCACCAAGGUUCCCAUCAAAUCAUCUGACAAGAAACGAUACAAGGGUUCACGGUUCAACGUACAAGUUGAAUGGGAAACCGGAGAAGGAUAACUUGGGAGCCUCUUACCACCCAAAGACAAGAUGGGAGUACAUGAGUCUGAUCCAGUCGACUGGCGCCAUCUAUGUGAAGAGCCCGGUCUACUAG